UUCCCCCAGCCACGCCGCCACACACUGCUAGAUCCCAGCCAUUCCACCGCCGCCCCACGCCUCCCGCCGGUCGUUCCCCACGCCGUCCCACGACCUCCGCUGCGCCGUCCUGCCCGCCCUGCGCCGUCCUGCCCGCCCCACGCCGUCCUGCCUCUGCUGCGCCGCCUCGCGCCGUCAUGCCUCUGCCGCGCCGCCCCGCGCCGUCCUGACCACCCUGCGCCGCCCCACGCCGUCCCGUGCCUCCCUGGCCGCCCUGCGCCGCCCCGCACCGUCCUGCCCGUCCAUCUCCGCCCCGUGCCGUCCUGCCCGUCCAUCGCCGCCCCGCGCCGUUCUCUCCGGGUGGCUGCUUCAACUUGUAUCGGGGCAGCGUGCGUCUGAGGUUGCACAGAGAACCACUGUUGGUACCAUUGAGCAGAGGAAGAAGAGUAGCAAAAUCAUUGGUACUUAGUGACCAGCUUGUGGUAUUUGAUUGUACCUAGCAUCAUACUUGCCUGAACCAAACACCACCUUAGUGCACAAGGAGGCUACACCGUGGGAGCUCAUCUUCAAGAGAUCAUCCACCGACGUGCUUACUGCAUCCACUCAAUGUGCAAUCUGGUUGGUUAUUAGGAUUCUUGUUACCAACGACUCAGCUUCCAGCAACGGCGCAGUAAUCCCCUUCCGUGCUUGUCACGACAUCCUCCACUAGUUGGAUUUAGUGUGUAUUUGUAGUGACCAAGUGUGAAGCUAGCUACCAUGGAUAGAAGUUGGAUGGAUGCGCCUAGGCAUACAGAGAAGUAGUUACAAGGGCUCGCCAAAUUCCCAGGCUUUGCAUUUAAUAAAUCAUCGGUCGAGAAUAAAAUCUUAUGUCCUUGCAAAAACUGUGUGAACUCAUACUGGAGAGAAGAGUCUGAAGUCCGUGAGCACCUGGUAUGCGAGGGAUUUGUAGAUGGCUACAAACAGUGGAUGUUUCAUGGAGAAUGUGUCUCUUCUUCUUCCAUUCCUCCAAAUCUAGAUGAGGGUGACGAUAGGGAUGAGGGCGAUGAUAUAUCUGAUUUGCUAAGAGACCUUGCUGCUAGUUUGGAUAAAGGGGGAGAUCUUGAAGAUGAUUGUGGUUUAGAUCAGGAUGAUUCUUUUCUAGAAUCUCUCCACAAACUUGAAGCUGAUUCUAGACAAGAGCUAUAUCCAGGCUGUAAGAAUUUCUCAAAGCGUCGUUUCCUAGUGAGACUUCUUCUCACCAAACUGCUUGGAGGGUGGUCUGAUAGAAGUUUUGAUCUGCUGUUAGAUCUACUAAAAGAUGCUUACCCUCAGUCCGCAAUACCCAAAAACUCCAAUGAAGCUAAAAAACUAGUCAAAUGCCUAGGACUUGGGUAUGUUAAUAUCCAUGCAUGUGAAAAUGAUUGCAUUCUAUUUUGGAAGAACAAUGCCAAUGCCAAUUCAUGCCCAGAAUGUAAGGCUUCAAGAUGGAAAUCUGAAAGGAAGAGUGCAGAUGGGAAACGUGUCCACAAGGUUCCUAAGAAGGUUCUUCGUUACUUCCCAAUAAAGAAGAGGCUUCAAAGGUUGUUUGUGUGUUCCAGAACUGCGGCUCUCACAAGAUGGCAUGCGGAAGAGCGCACACAAGAUGGCAUGCGGAAGAGCGCACACAAGAUGGCUUGAUUAGGCAUCCUAAAGAUUCCCUCCUUUGGAAAGAUUUUGAUGAAAAAAAUAAAGAUUUUGCAAAAGACAACAGAAAUCUUAAGCUUGUAGUACGUGCCGAUGGUUUUAAUCCGUUUAGAUCCAUGAAUCUCAGCUAUAGCAUUUGGCCAGUAUUAUUGAUUCCUUAUAACUUUCCACCCUGGAUGAUUAUGAAGCAAUCAAAUUUCAUCCUAUCACUGUUGAUUCCUGGCAGAAAUUCUCCUGGUAGUGAUAUUGAUGUCUAUCUUGAGCCACUAGUUGAUGAUAUGGUAGAUAUGUUUCUUGAUGGUGUUAGGACCUAUGAUGCUUCAACCGGAGAGUAUUUUCAGUUUCAUGCUGCCAUAAUAUGCACAAUUACGGAUAAACCAGGUCUUGGGUCUUUGGUUGCCUGUGCUUCCUCUGGAGAAGGAGCUUGCCCUGAAUGCCACUCUCAAUUAUGUUCUCUUAGGCUAAAAAAUGGUAGCAAGACUUGCUAUAUGGGGCAUCGUAGGUUCUUACAUGCAGAUCACCCCUUGAGGUAUGAUACACGCACAUUUGGUGACAUAGAACGUGGGACAGCAGCCGUUCCACUUUCCGGUAGGCAAAUCUUAGAGCUGACAGAAAAUAUGCAAACCAAGUUUGGGAAGGAUCCUAUAACGAAGAAGCCUAGAACUAAGAAACGCAAGAAAGGGGAUCCGCUGAUCAUUUGGAAAAGAAAGUCUAUUUGGUUUAAACUACCAUAUUGGAAGGAUUUGAAGAUGCAUCAUAACUUCGAUGUCAUGCACAUAGAAAAAAAUGUGUGUGAGAACAUAGUUAACACUUUGUUGGCAGUCAAUGGAAAAACCAAGGAUAAUAUUAAUUCUCGAUAUGACCUUCAAGCACUCAGUAUUAGAAAGGAUCUUCAACCUAUUGAUCUUGAUGAUGAUGAAGUUUUUUUUCCUCCGGCACCUUACACAAUGGAAUCUGAUCAGCAGAGGACAUUUUGCAAAGUAUUUAAAAAUGCCAUGUUUCAUAAUGGUUAUGCAUCUGACAUACGCCGUAAUGUGCAUUUUAAGGAGAAAAAGAUAACUGGGCUAAAGAGCCAUGACAACCAUGUCCUUUUGCAAGACUUGCUGCCACUUGCAGUGAGAAGAACAUUACCAGAAAGAGUGAGUGCGGUACUGAUUCGUGUGAGCAGAUUUUUCAAGCGAAUGUACUCACAGGUUAUUCGCAUAAGUGACAUGCAAAGGUUGCAGGAUGAAAUAGCUGAGACCUUGAGCCUUCUUGAGGCCAUAUUCCUCCCAUCAUUUUUCGAUAUUAUGGUGCAUUUGAUGGUUCAUCUUCCAGCACAAGCAAUGAUAGCUAGUCCAGUACAUUUUCGCAGCAUGUGGGCUGUAGAGAGGUAUAUAGGAAAGCUCAAGGGACAUGUCCACACCAGAAGUCAUGUGUAAGGAUCAAUUGCAGAGGGCUAUUUGUUUGAUGAGAGCUUGACAUUUUGCUCACACUAUUUGGAUGAUGAGAGUCGGUUGAAUCGAGCUAGGAAUGAUGGAGGUUUGGAUAUGGAAGUUGAUGAUACAACUCCUUUCUUCCACAACAUUGGUCGAGGGCUGGCUGGCAAGUGCAUGGUGAUGUUAGAUAACAAAACUUGGCUGCAAGCCCACAGAUACGUCUUGUUCAAUUAUGACAACAUAGAACCAUACCUAGAGUAAGAUAUCCCUACUAUGUAUUGCUAUUAGGUUAUUUCUCUCCUCCUUGUCAAUUGAUAAAUAUAACCUAUAUGCAGCAAACAUAUGAUUACCUUUCUUCUAUUGGUGUUCGAAGUCAUCGAGAAGUCAAGCGUGUGCAUUACGAGACCUUUCAUGAGUGGUUUAAAUUGCACGUGGCAGAAAUGGGCGAUGAAGCACCUCAUGAGAUAAAAAUAUUAGCUAAAGAGCCAAACUUGGUUGCUAUGAAGUAUAGUAGCUACACUAUAAAUGGGAUAGACUUUCAUACACAAUCAUAUGAUGAGGGCCGGUCAUUUCAGAGUAGUGGAGUAGCUCUUGUUGCACAAACCACAUCCUUUGCAAAAGGAAAAGGUGACAAUAUUAGUGUAAGAAACAAGACCUAUUAUGGCAUUAUAAAGGAAAUUCUUGAGUUGAACUAUCAACAUGAAGGGAAAGUAGUGUUGUU